UCAACGACAGUCCAGCGCGUCCCGACGCCCCCUGCCCGCGUGUACAGCUCAUUUCCCCCGUAAAGAACAAAACGACCCAAAGGGAACAGCCACCGUGGUGCGCACGUGCCUGAGCCGGGGGGAGGGGCCGCGGGUCCCGUGUGCCGAGUCGUGGAACACCGAGUUCCAGAGCGCGGAGGUCGGACACACAGACAGACACGCCUCGGUGAAGCUCCAGCAGGACACGGGACGGAACGGAACGACUCCUGCACCAAACUAACCGACAGAUUUACUCCUCUCAUGUCAGUUUGUUCAUAACUGAGACAAGUUGUGAAACGUAUUCCACUGUGAGCUCAAAAGAAGCAAAAAGAUGAGCACGAAGAGAAAGGCACCGACCCGACCUGGCAACAUGAAGUCGGGAGAGUUUCAGACUGAAGCUGAGAGGGACUCUGGGUUUUCAGAUGCGAGUUCGGAGCAUCUGAGCACCAUAGACGCCACAGACUCCGAGGACUCGCCUGGUCCGGUCCGGCCGAGUUCCAGCCCAAAGGGGACCUCCUCAAACCCCGGGACCCUCACUGUGGUGGGAGGGGCCUACUCCAACCUGUCCUCAAUGAUCAUCAUGAACAACGUAGUGCUCAAACAGCCUGGGGACCCACCUCCUCCCUUGAAGCCCUGGAGGUUCAGUCCCGCGGUGGAGGUGGUUCAGCCUGUGGUUCAACAGCCUCAAGUCGUCUUCCUCCAGCCGGUCGUGUCGCACCAAAACUCCAACUCCAAGACCUCCAGCAAACACCGCCGGUCCAAAAAGUACCUCCCAAUCCUCAAAUCCUACCCCAAAAUCGCACCUCGGGACAGCAGUAGCUCCUCAGGUAGAGGGACCUCGUCUUCCUCCACUUCUUCCACAUCCUCCGGCUCUCCCACGACGUCGGACAGGUGUAGCCAAAACUCUACAGAAGAAAAAUCGCAGAGAAGUCAUAGCAACGCCGUUCAAAGUGCAUCGUCAAACCUUCCGUUACAUCAAAGUACUGUUUCGCCUUUGCUAAAAAAAGAACUUUCGCUUCCUUCAAUGGAAACGACCAACAGCGGACAUUCUAAAGACAGCCAAAAACGUUUAGCUAGUUCAUCGGAGCUAGCAACGGCGCCGUCUUUUGCGUUCAAUCCCAAAAAACAACCUCUGCAAAUCCAACAACCCGAUCCAGAAGCCGUCUCCGUUGGACAACCUGAAAACGAAGGCGACGACGAUGUCCGAAGGAAGCGGUUUUGCAAUACUUAUAACAUUUUGAGUAAAUCGGGUUUGCUGGAUAUUACGCUUCGCACUAAGGAGCUGCUACGUCAAAACAAGCGCACCCAGACGGACAUCGAUCGACUCAAAGAGCAAACGGACCUGUUUUUGCAGGUGCUACGAAGUGGGGACACCGGCCUCUGUGUGAAACUGCAGAGAAGUCUCCAAGAGGACAAGGACAGGGACAGGGAGGGGAGAGAGGGCAACAGCGAGCAAGUCUAAACCGUUUUGACGUACGAUCCGAUAAUACAGACUGAAACGGACACUAGAUUGGUUGUAAUAUUAAUCUUGAUUUGAAACGGGGGGGUUGCUCAGAUCAUUACUCGCCUUAAAACAAAAAGGUUCUGUGUUCGAUUCCUUGGGUUUUCCCCAUGUGUGGUCCAUGUUUGGGUUUGUGUCCAGACCGUAGACUGUGCAAAGAGGUGGACUGAGUGAGUGCGAUGCGUUCAAAUGAAGCUCAUCGAGGCUAGCGGUUAUAGCGGCUAAUUUGGAGCAGAGUUUCAUGUUUGGAAUUACGACCACGAGUAUCAUAGCAACCAAAGAGCCAAUCUGGAGCGAGUUUGUCUUCCCGCCCGCACCGCUGGUUUAGCAGGGAGUGGGCGCUUAGCAACACUGUCAAUCAAACCUGUUGCUAACGCUAACAGGAGCGACCUCGGGGAAAGAAGGCGCCUGAUUUGUCUGUUAUUAACGUUCAUAUCUUGAUUUACAGACACAAUAGCGAAAUAAAAACAGCAAGAACAUGUAGAGCGGGUUAGUACGAACAUUUAAGACCAAAAUGACUCGAUGAGACGAGGGAACCGGAAGUACGCACCUUAAUCACGUCCUAUUUGGACCGCAGCGGCUAGCAGGUUAGCUAUGUCCAUUUAUAUAAACGGUCUAUGAUCCAGACACUUCCAUCGACCUCCUUAAACACGAACAAAAGAUAAAGUCCUCCAGCUAAGGUCGUUCUGUCCAAGACUAGCUCAAGAUCUGGAGAUGGACCCACUCAAUCUGAUCUUUUACAAUUAGAAAUGACUGAACUUUACUUAAACAGUCAAACAACUCAAACUUAAAUCAGUCCAUAUCGGCUGUAAUGAAAUGACAAUCUAUUUUACUGCCUCUACAAGUUUAAACACCGAAAUCAAAAUGUCCCCGCGACUGCUGGAGCAAAUAUUGAUAAAAGGGACAAAGAAAAACAAUAUAAAUAUAUAAAUUAAAACUCAAAAGUAAAAAAUACUUUCCAAAUAAGGUCAUUUUCUUGUUAAUAAAUGGUACAAAUUGAAGUCGACGUUUGUCUCAGUUCAAGAUUAAUAUUCUCAAUUUAAGUCAUUUGAAUGUUUUCCGUUUGGAGUGCGGAGGGUUGAAGAGACGGGACUUUGCGGGGGGUUGUGAAGCGGCUUGGACAGAUGGACUGGAAGUAUCGCGCUCUAAAAUACCCACCCAACCCCCACCCAAGCACCACCCAAGCACCCACCCUGACACGGCCUACUUCUACUACUACUACAACAACAACAACUACUACUACUACUACUACUCCCGACACUCCAGACUUACCCAGAACACAAGAAAGUCACAAAAUAAUCAAAGGGAUGCGAUUGUAGUUCAAACUGAAAGCCAAAAUGAAAUUAAUGGUUUUAUUUUAUUCUAAACUUGACUUUUGUGGAGGUUUGAAAAACAUCCCUGGAGUUGUGUUGUGCUUUUUCGUUAUUUUUGGGGGGUUUUUUUGCUCGUGUUUUGAGUUGUUUUGAGUUUUUUAAUGUGUAGAAAUCCAGCAUUUUUCUUACAUAUUAAGUAAAGACGCUGUAUCUGACUUGAACUUCAUCUUAAAAACGCAAAAAAAACAGAAGUGGUUCCUUUUAAACGGUUUGCAGUGGUCCAAAGUUACUCCUCACUUAUUCAGAGCAUCCUAAUUACUCACAGAGAUGAGUUUAUAAGCACUUUCCAGAGGCCGUGACAGUAAAGCUAACAACUACUAGCAUGCUAACUGUGCGCUUAUUUUGACCUUGAGAAAAAAAAAAACAUCAGGUACUGGGUCGUUAGUCGAUGUUAUUUAAAAUGAACUACAGAGAGUGGUUCAGAAAGACGACAUUUUGCAUAAUUUAAGACUUUUUUACUACAAAUUGACUUGAAAAAUGGCGUGUGGAGGGUGUAUUUUGUAAAUUAUUUAAGUGCCAAUGAGGACGACACUGCAAAAACCUACGGACCGUGUAAACUUUGUGUAUUUGGGCUCAAAUACACAAAUCUCUACUAAAAAACACUACAACUCAAGACCUUUUGCCACUACAGUCGUUAAUCAGGUUUGUGUAUCAAUUUUGGGAAGAAAAAUACAAUUCACAUCACUUUUUUUGUGAAUUUUACUCAAAAAUAUAUGUUGUUGACUAUAAUUAAUAUUGUUUGUCAACUUUUCCCAUUACAUUUUUAAGUUUUUCUAGUUUAAAUACAUAAAAACUCAUUUUCUUUGUGUUGGAGAAACAGAAAAAUUAAUUUAUUCAAGCUUAAUAUUUGACUUUUUUGUGUAACUUCCCAAAGCAACUUCAACUUUGGCUUUUUUUAUUUUAUUUUUUUAAGUUCUUUAAGUGGCACAAAGUGGGUUGAGUGGGUUAAGCAUCCAUUCAUAAACGGGGCAGUUGCUGGUUCAAACCUUCUGUUACUGUAUCACUGACAUUUCAAGACAUUUCAACCCGCACUGUCAACUUAUUUUAACAUGUUAGCAGUUUCUAUAUUGUUUAAAAUACUCAUUAACUACACAGUAUUCCAGUUUAACGCCGUUAUGGACUAAACCAACCGUCGGAAAUACAUUCUCGUGUCGUUUAGUCCCGUUUGUUGCAUAAUGAUGUAAUGUAAACCGUUUUGUAAGAGUUAUUUUGAAUGUGUUUACGGCCUUUUGCCAUCGUUUAAAUUGUUCUGUGCCUAGAAAUGUUGUUGUUCUGUCGUCUUUUAGUUCGAUCCCUCUUUGCUUUGACGCUAGAAUCUUCUGAAUGGCAGCUUGAGCACGAGGCGAUCGGACGUAGGCAAGUCAAACCCGUUGACCCUGAUCCCGUUAAGUCCGUUUUCACACGCGCUCGCUCUCGUAGGUGUUCAGACUAGGGCUGGGUGAUACGCAAAGUUUAAUUACAUUGAAAUUUUCUAAGGAGAUUUUGUAUUUUUUUUUUUUUGUAUGUGUUUAUCUGAGCUAUAAAACACUGGAAAAACUCAAAUUUAAUUCAAAAGGUGCGUUUAUUUUUGAUAAUCUUGUGCAUUGUAACAGCAAAACUAAAUUACUUGUUGGAAAUGACUAGUUUUCCAUGUCUUAUUUAUUUAUUAAUGGGGUUUUUUUGGGUUUGUUAAUGGGUAAAUUAUUGAGAAUCUGAUUUACAGUGUUGACCUAAGGUGCUGUUAAAAGAUGCAUUUAAUAUUUCAGGAAAAAAAAGUAUUAUUUGGACUAAAAUAAAAAACAC